CCACUCAAUCGAUGAACAGCGAGCAAGAUGGCUGCUACCAGCUUUCCUUUGUUCAUGUACCUGCCGUUUGAGCUCCGGGCUCGGGUGUGGGAGCUGACUGCGGAACCUCGUACCGUCGACGUUGAUUGGUUGGCCAGAGUAACUACACGAACCGACUACGAAGCAGAUGAUUAUAGAGUGUUUGAGAUAAACGUGGAUUCCCUUACACCGAUCCCAGCAAUAGUGCAAGUCUGUCGCGAAGCUCGUCAGCUGGGGGUUUAUCGACAGCUCUUCUCCGAGUUGGAAGAUGUACGGGACGGUGGUGAGCGGCGCUAUGUUUGGCUUAAUCUGGAGCUCGACCUCGUUGACGUUGGGAGGACCCCUUUGGAUUCAUUUAUCCCUGUUGCAGCCUCGAUCAAACGACUCAAGUUUAUGAGGCACUCAGUCAACAUUGAGGAUAUGAUUUGCCUUGGACAGUGUGUCAACUUGAAAGAGCUGCAUAUAGACGUCUCUGGAAGCUUAUCGCUCAAUUUCUAUGAGCUCUUCAAGAGACUCCCUCUCCAUUGCGGCAUGGAGAACAUCUUCAUGGUUGACGCUCUGUUAGGUCGGGUACCACUGAGGAUGGCAGAUAUAUCCGAUUAUGGGAGGGCGAAUACAGAAUGGCUGCUAUCAACCCUCGAGACUACCCUAAGAACUCGCGGUAUUCAAUGGGGCCUGUGAGAAGGAGCCGCUUCCGGUUCUGUCAACCCCUGAACGUACAGUUUACCUCUGACAAAAAGCUGGCAGAGUGAAGAUUGAAAAGGAUAAUCAUCAAAGAAGGUUGUGGGGCAAGGGGGUCGGCAGGCCAGAACAGAAGCGUGU